AUGAAGCUAACCAGACAAACCCUAAUUUUCAUAUCUGUUCUUGUGACCUUAACAUGUCAAAACCAAGCUACAACCGAAUCUACAGCCGACAUCAUAGUUCCAAAGAUCUCGGAAUGGCAAGUCACUGUGGUCAACGGUCUGGUCGCCGACAAAAAUCUGUACGUCCAUUGCAGAUCUAAGGAAGACGAUUUGGGGGAGCGCAAUCUGACGUCAGAAGAAAGUUUCACGUGGGGUUUCAGACAAAACAUUAUCCACACGACUUUGUUCUGGUGUUACAUGAGCAAACACGAUGUCCAUGCGAAAUUGAACGUGUUUUGGGACGACGUGAUUCUAUUUCAUAGAUGCGGAUGGAAAACUUGUGUUUGGAUCGCUAAAGACGACGGCGUUUAUCUGAGAGAUUUCGCGACGGGAGACGAUUUGAUCUCGACGAAAUGGGAGGUUGGAUUGUAA